CGGCUUCGCUUGGCAGGGCAGGGGUUCCCGGGGCCGCCCCGGACCUUGCGCUCCAUGACGCGGUGCCGCCGUUCUCUCGCCCGCCCCGCCGGUCUUUGGCCCCGGGGCGCGGCACCCCCAGUCCCGUGGUGCGGCGGGGAGGAGGCGAGCGGCGGCCGGCCCCGUGUGCGGAGCAGCAGGUAAGGCUGCAGGCCCAGCGAUGGACGGGGAAACUGAGGCAGGGGCGGGCCCGUCAGGCCGCCUGGCACAUCAGUGACCCCGGUGGUGCCACCACAGCGAAGAUGGUGCCGGUGUGACCCUCAUAGCCCUCUUGCCAUCACCGGGCCUGGACAGGGCAGAAGGCCCAUCAGCCCUCCCGCUCCCACCUCUCACCCCACUUAACAGCCCCCCGGCCCCCAGGCAUGGCCACCCCGCGGGUCACCGAGAGCACCGUCACGGUGCAAGGACAGACCCUCUUCUACCGCCAAGCUGACCCAGCCCAGGCAGUGCCGAAGCUGACAGUGCUGCUGCUGCAUGGCAUCCGCUUCUCCUCCGAAACCUGGCUGCAGGUGGGGACACUCGCCACGCUGGCCGAGAACGGCUACCGAGCCGUGGCCAUCGACCUGCCGGGGCUGGGGCGCUCAAAGGAUGCUGUGGCCCCAGCACCCGUGGGCCAGCCAGCACCAGCGGCGUUCCUGAAGGCAGUUUCAGAGGCUCUGGACCUGGGUCCGGCUGUGGUGAUCAGCCCAUCGCUCAGUGGCAUGUACUCGCUGCCCUUCCUCUUAGAGCACAGCCAGCUCUUCAAGGCCUAUGUACCUGUGGCACCCAUCUGCACUGAGAAAUUCACAGCGGAGCAGUAUGCCCAGAUCAAAACCCCCACGCUGAUCGUGUACGGGGACCAGGAUGCGGAGCUGGGGCAGACCAGUCUGAACAACCUGCGGCACCUCCCUGAGCACCAGGUGCUGAUGCUGCAGGGUGCAGGACACGCCUGCUACCUGGACAAGCCCAAUGAGUGGCACCGUGGACUCCUGGCCUUCCUGCAGCAGCUGAAGUGAGCAGGAUGGGACCACAGAGCAGGAGGAUGUGGCCAGCCCACCCACCCCUCUGCCUGCACAUGCACCCUUGUGCCAACCCAGGUGCUUGGCUGGCACUCACACUGCACUGGCCCACACCAGCACCCACCUCUCCUGAGACCAAAUAAAACCCCAAGCUCUGCCACU